AUGAAGCCCUCCACACUUCUUCUCUGCCUCGCUCCUGCGGCUGUACUUGUUGCGGCUGACCCUAUCCCGUACGCCGUCGCUCCUAGCCCGUCACUACAGAACGGUCUCUCCUCAAGACCUCUACCAGACGUGCAGACAACUCCGGAAGACGUGCCACAGAUACAAUCAGAAGCGCAAAAGAUGCUCCACCUUCAAGUCGCAGACGCCCAAACGAAACCAGACACGAUAGCCAUUCCUCUUCUUCGGAGGACGGCGCUUUCUUUGCGGACACGGAGGUCAUCUACCGAGUUGACGAAGCGGAGCGAAGGCACAUUGGGGCAGACGCCGUGGAUAGGAAUGGCCAUUGGGCUGACCUGCACAACAAUGGCAGCUGUGAUGCUGGGGUAA